UAGACAGUAAACUUAGAUGGACAUAAUUAAAUUUUAUUUAAAAGAGAAAUAUAAAAUUCUAAACAGUUAGUAAAUUAUAAUAGAAAUUUUCAUCAUCUCUACAAACGAAAUUAAGAUGGUCCGCAAAUCCCAAAUCUUAAAACUUAUUACCAUGAUCGCCUUUGUCUGGCUUUUCAUUAUACUGCUAAUGAAUAUUUUCAAUAGCGGUCACAGUUAUCACUAUAUAAAUGUGGAGAGAAAACUACAAAUGCAGCAUGAACAGCAAAUUCACUCAGUGGAAACUAAUAAUAAAAACAUAGAGGCCACAGUAAAAAUUGCUACAGAUUUGAAAUUGGACUAUAAUAUUACAGAACCAUCCAUUACCGAUUUGGUGACCAAAUUUCAAAAGAAAUUACCCAGCCUACCAAUUGAAUAUUUUUAUCGUCAUGCAAACCAGAGCAUGCAAAAGUUCAGAAAUUGCGCCCUAUACCCAGCCCUACAAGUUAUAAAUUUCUACAACACCUAUUGGCAAACUUUCUACAUAGAUAACAGCAUUUUCCAGCUGUAUGGAGCCUAUUAUGAUACACGACCCGAAACUGGGCCGGUGGUGCGUAUACUGGCCAUGACCAAUCAUCAACUAAACGAAUUUCCCAUCAUUUAUUGCCAGUUAUGGUUUGAAGAUGACAAUCGGCCAGUUAUUUCCACCAUUAGGGAGUAUAAAAUAAUUUGGGAACCCACUUGGGGUGUAAAAGCAGGUGUUUACUAUCCUUACCUAAUGACCUGUGAACUGCCCAAAAAUGCCAAUAUAACAGGAGAUCCCACGCCCAAAGUGGUCAAUCUGGUGGGACGUCAAUGUGAUACAGCUAGUAAUAGUUUAAGAAUUGUCUAUGAUAAACCAGUUAAUUCAGAGGAGAAACAAGAAUUUGCGGUGUGUGUCAAAGGUUUGGAUUUUCCUUAUCAGGAUUUAAGUUCACGUUUAGUGGAAUGGCUGGAAUUGUUAAAAUUAUUGGGGGUUCAUAAAGUCUAUAUGCAUCACUUGCAAGUUCAUAACAAUAUCAGCAAAGUUUUGAACUAUUAUCAAGCCAAAGGUUUUGUGGAAAUACAAAACAUUUCACUUGUGGGAGGAGUAGUGGGCCAGCCGGAAGUAGAACACUGGCUCAUAAAGACCUAUCCCUUGAAUAGGCGUCUAAAUGAAUUGAUACCCUACAAUGAUUGUUUCUAUCGUAAUAUGUAUAAAUACAAAUAUAUAGCUUUGCUGGAUAUCGAUGAAAUUAUAAUGCCCAUCAACAACCUAAAAACAUGGCAGCAAGUUGUCAAGCGCUAUGACACUGGAAAUGACUGCUAUGCCAGUCUUUGUGCAACAAAUGUUUACUUUCCCAGUGACAAUAUACCACUGCGCACUCAUCCCUCCUACAUGUAUAUGCUGAAUCAUGUCUACCGCUAUAAAGACUUUACAAAACAGCGCUAUCACAUAAAAUGUUUGCAUAAUACUCAACAGGUUGUUACUCUACACAAUCACUAUCCAUUUUCCUAUUUGAAUGCUACAUGCAAACCUUUGGAUCUACCCACUUCCUUUGCUCAACUGCAGCAUUAUCGUGACACACAGGUAAUAGAUGAUAAAAUCGAAAUGGAUCAUGUUCUCAUAGUGGAUGAUAGUGUGGAUCAUUUUCGAAAGCCUUUAAUAGAAAUGUGUACAACAGUUUUAAGGGAUCUUAAGUUUAUAAGUUAAGAUUAAGUAUUAAUAAGUAGUUGUAAGAAAUCUGUUAUAAGUGCAAA